AUGAAUGAGGCGCAGAUUAAGCAACUAGUUGAGGCGGCAGCCAGCCAGGCUCAACAACAGCAGCAACAACAACAGCAGCAGCAAUCGUCUUCAGGAAAAUCCUCUUCUCAGAACAUUGAUCCACUUCAUGUCACAAGCUACAACUCGAUGAUUAAACUGGCAGAACUUCACGCCAACUCCUCAAGUGCUUCCAGCAUAUCUCACGCUGCCAACAACAGCUAUAAUGACAUAAUUAAAUUACCAAAAAGUGCUACCACCAAUGUUCAUCAGCAGCAACAGCAGCAGCUGUUUGAGGCACUAAACACCAACGACGGCGCCUCCUUUGACAGUCAGUCGGUGGCGCAUCACCAGCUGCAGAGUUACAUACUUCAAAAUAAUCACCACCAUCAACAGCAGCAGCAACAUCAACAGCAACAUCAACAGCAUCACAACUCCACUAACAACACUUCCACUUCUGCUCACCAGAAUCAGCAGCAGCAACAACAGCAUUCCCACCAGUCAACGUCGAUGGUGUCCACGAAUUCGCUGGACAUUAAUCUGCUGAUGCAGGAGAACCAAAAGCUGUCCAACAUUGCACGCGUUUGCAUUCACCUCAUAGACCGAUGUCGCAAUCAGAACAAAUCAAAGCAUUUUAUAUCUGACCUGCAGAAGCUGUCCUCAAUGAUCAACUCAUACAACGGCAGUGCAACGUCCUACCUCAGCGGGACACUGCCCGUCCUCGACAACAUCGGCGCGCUCAGCUUCAAGCAACAACAGAAUGGAGGUCACAACAAUGUCGCUCCGGCGGCGGCGGCAGCAGCAACGUCUGCGGUACCGGCCAUUUCUGCAGGUGUAAACUACUCUGCAGCGUCUCUUUUAGGAGUGUCUUCUGCCUCGAAUGAUCUUCUGUCUCGAAACGCCAACACUCUGUGGUUGCAGCUGAACGGCGCCACUCCGGAUCAGCAGCAGCACCAGCAGCAGCAACAGCAGGGCAACCAGCACAAUUCGCAUUUCGGCAACGAUCAGACGACCUUCAUCCAGCACCAGGUGAACACCGACAACGGCCCCAUACAGAUUCUCAAACCCGUUCAGGUGCAGAGUGAGUCAAACUCAGCUAAGCUAAGCAACACCCCGGGCGCCAUCAAACAGCGCAAGCGGGCGCAGAACAGCAAACUACGUCUCAACCAGCUGCGCAUGCAAAUGGUCAACAGUGCUGUGGGCUCGGCCGUUGACGCCACUCAACAGUCGAUUCUCUUCAAGAAGCUCACCCAGGCAGAGCAACUCUCUGCGGCUAUCAACAAUGGCGGCGGUGGUGGUGGUGGUGGUGGCCAGGGCACCUCUGGUGGAGCACUGGCAUCGCAAGUGCCAGCCCAGCUGAUGAUGGACUUUGCGGGCAUCCACGAGAACAUUGAUCCGAGCACUGGGCAGACGAUCUUCAGUUUGGUGCACUCCAAUUUGAAUGGUGGCAAUAGCAGCAGCGGCAGCAACGGAGACGGCAACAACAGCGACAUGAGAGAGGGAAAAGCCAAAGGUACUUCUGCUUGUGAAUCAGCUUAA